UGUCGCUUGUCUGUCAAGUUUUGACUGACAACCACGGCUAAUCAAAAUAACAUCCAUGGAAAGGUUCCUCCUGCUGCUAACUUGGAGUACACUAGUCCAGUUCUAGAAGGCAGCAAACAACAACAGUAUUCGACAAUAAUCACUUUCAGUAACUGACUGCCUCAGGCACUAACCAACCAUGACCAAACGCUGUCCGACACCAAGGGUUUAUGUUUGAGGCAGAUCAUAACAUUACAAACAACGUUGAUAUUAAUGCGCAGCACGUGUGUCUUGAUCUCCGCCCCCCAGCCUCCCUAUUAAUAUAUCCUGUGCCCGCAAAAAAAAAAAAAAAAAAAGAAAUCCCCAUCUCAGGAUCUACAGACAAAGAUUGACGAGCCCCUGGUUCUCGGACAAUUCAUUC